AUGCUCUUCUACCAACAGGGCACUGUAACAUUAUGCAAUGAAAAGGUGCAAAAGCAGCUUGGCGGCAGUGACUGUGGCCUCAUGGCCUUAGCUUUUGCAAACGACUUGAGCCAUGGUUUAGAUCCAGCAACACAGAGGUACAGCCAGUUUGAGAUGCGCAAACACUUUGUUAGCUGCCUAGAAUCAAAGAAAAUGAAACCUUUCCCCAAGACCAAAAGAAGAGUGCACUGCUAUUUAUUUUGCAACAGGAAUUUUGUGCCAAUCUUUUGUCUUUGUAGGCUCCCAAAGGUUGUGGGAUAUUUUGAAAGUUAUUUUUAAGACGGAUCUAUCUUAUUUUUUAAGUUUAGUUUUUGUUUCAUUAAGUCUUGUUUUUGUCCACGUAUACUGUUUUCCUGUUUUGAUAUUUUGUUUUUACUUGAACUUGAAGUUAUGCUUAGCUCGCGAAUUUACUUGUUGCCAUAUUAGGAAUUUUAUUCGCUUGGCAUUGUCAGAUGUUAGUUUUUUUUAAAGGUGGUUGUGUUUGUGGUGUUAGAGCUGACCUUCGUUCUUUGGUACUUGUCAGUUGCGGCUGUGCGUAGGCUAAUCUAUUCCCUAACUAUAGCAAACCUGUUGCAAUAUAAGCGAUAAGAUAUUCAAUAGAGCUCUGCUGGUCAGCUAACCUAGACAUGUCCAGCUUUGGCUAUAAAAAACCGCUACUAUACUUGAACUAGUAAGUAGAGAAGAGUGGAGAAGUUGGUAGAACCGAGAAAGUUGUUGAGUAAGUAGAAGUUGGUAGAAGUGAAAAAGUGGAAGAGUUGGAAGAUUAAGAAAAAUAAAAGCAAGAUGUAAAUCAGAUUCCUCAUCGUGUAGCGAGCGAGUUGCUCGAACACACCCCUACACAAAUAACAAGCAAGAGUACAUACAGUGUUGUUCAUGCCGUGGUUGGUAUCAUCCUCGGUGCUGCUCAGUCCAACACGAUGGGCCAUCACAUCAAAGCUGCCAUGGAAGUGCCCAAAAUGUAAACCAAACAAGGCAAAAACAGGAAAGAGAACCAUUUUGGGGGCAGUGA